CUGUCAGAUUUCGCGAUCGCGUGUGCAUGUGCCAUCGAUUUUUCGCAGAAUCUUCGCCUGAAACGCUGACCGCGUUGUGCUUGAAGUAAAGUCGUGGUGGAAAGACGUGUCCCGGCCGAUUCCCGUGUGCUGUGCUCUCAUUUCAAUCUCUGUGAAGUUCCAACCAAAAAACCUAAUUCGCUAUGGGUAUUCCAGCUGGAGACGUUGAGAAGGGAAAGAAGCUGUUCGUUCAGCGAUGCUCGCAGUGCCACACUGUGGAAGCUGGCGGCAAGCACAAGGUCGGACCGAACCUGCACGGAAUCUUCGGUCGCAAAACUGGCCAAGCCGCCGGAUUCUCCUACACAGAUGCCAACAAGGCCAAGGGUAUCACCUGGAGUGAAGAUACCCUCUUCGAGUAUCUGGAAAACCCAAAGAAGUACAUCCCUGGCACGAAGAUGAUCUUCGCUGGCCUGAAGAAGCCCAACGAGCGUGCCGAUCUCAUCGCUUACCUGAAAUCGUCUACCGCCUAAAAAAAGCGGAUUUAGGUCACUACGAAACAAAAGAACACAAUUAACAAUAGCAACAACACUGCUCUGACUCAAACAACAUCAAACUUAAUCCCUGAAGAUGAGAUUCACAGAAGUUAAAAAGGAGUUGAAGCCCCUCGCCCAUACAAAACCAAUUAGGACAAUUUCUUAUAAUGGAAAAUAUCUAAUUUUAAUUUUAUUUAUAUAAUAGAUUAAAAAAGGUGAACAGCUCAGUUGUUUCGCAAAUUGUAUUGAUCGAGAUGCUACAAUAAAAAAAAAGUGGAACACAGUUCGGUGGCCGGAUUGUCCCCCGGGAUUCCGGGAGGAGAAUCUUCCACGAGUAGUAUUAUCAAAGCCCAAAUAUUACGAGUACAUAAUAUGUUAUUUGAUGGAUGAGAAAGGCAAGAGGAAGUACGUUUAGGUAGUUUACGUUGGUUACUCUUUUUCGAAUUCGGAUGCUUUGAUUUGUUUUAAAUCCCUGAUUUCCUAUUUGGCAAAACCCCGACUGGAUAGACUUUUAGAUUCUCUGGAAGAUGCAUUGUUUGGUCUGCUAGCAAUCAGUGAAAUUACUAACUUUACACACAACCUGUUGGCGGGACGUUGAAUUGAACGUUCAAAAAUUUUACAAGAUCGUGAAAAAAAAAAUUACGAAACCCGGAAAUAAAUUUCAAAUUCAACACGA